CCGAAAUCGCGAACUCUUCCCAACGUCAACCGCCAACUAUUUCAUUGCUACUGGAGAAUCAUAACCAAGCUAGAAAUCAUGGGUAAUGAUGGCGGGAGUAUUCCGAAGCGAUGCGAACUGGUCAAGUCUGCCGCUCGCAACCCCACAGCCGCUGAGCUUAAAGAAACCCUACGCGAACACUUAGAGCAUUACUGGUCGACUUGUCCUCUCUCGCAUAAACAGCUACUUGCGCCUAUAGUAUCCGAUUCCGCUGGAAAUCUUUAUAACAAGGACGCUAUAUUAAAGUUCCUCAUGCCAGCAGAUGACGCCGAAGAUAUCAGCUCGAAAGACGACUGCGAAGAGAUAUUGAAAGGAAGAGUCAAGGGACUCCGCGAUAUUGUUGAGGUAAAGUUCGAGAUCGACGAUGAUGCAAACGGUAAAAAGCGCAAGGUCUGCCCGAUCACUCGUAAAGAGCUGGGUCCAAAUGUGAAGGCUGUAUACAUUGUUCCCUGCGGCCAUGCGUUCUCCGAAGAGGCGAUCCGAGAAAUGAAAUCCGACAACUGCUUACAGUGUAACGAGCCCUACCUUCUCGAGAACAUCAUUCCAAUUCUCCCGUCACAAGACGCUGAAAAGAAGCGGUUGAUAUCUCGUGUGCAAGAUUUAAAUAGCCGGGGUUUGACACACUCACUUAAGAAGGCCCCUGGCUCUAAAAAGAAACGGAAGAAGAACGGGAGUAGCGCUGAGUCGGGUGCCACAGCUACCGAUUUUGACGCACGUCCUGGCGUCGAUGGCACAACAAAUACAGCCAAACCUCCAUCUGCACCUAAUAUUAGGCCUGAUAGCAGGACCUCCACACCAGUACCUUCGGGAAUUAAGAACGCUGCAACAGCGAGAUUAACAGCACGAGUACUAGAGGAAGAGAGGGAACGCAAUAAACGCCGAAAAAUGAUGGGCGACAACGAAACCAUACGAAGCCUCUUCACAUCCGACUCAACGAGAGAGCGCGGAAAGGACACAGAUUUCAUGACCAGAGGCUAUUCAAUACCAGCAGGGGCGAAAAGAUGAGGUUCUGAAACACGUUCAAACCUUCAACCGGUCACUCCACACUUGCCAGAAGACUACCACCUGCACCAGCAGCACCAAUCGGGUUUCCUCAACUCCUGCCCGUGCUGAUGUAUUUGAGCUUGAGCCUCAGAAAACUGCAUGGGCCACACACUACAUUCCAAGCUUCGGCGCUUUGGAUGGCCCACCACGCUUAAGAAAAACAUAUCGCCCUUCGUUCAUAAAUUUGUAGCAAGAUCCACGAUUGUCCCGUCGAAGUUAAUCUGGGUCUUAGCCCGUCGGCUACAUAAAUACAAGUGACUGGUGAUAUCAUCUAGCAGCCAUCAGCACUCUAUAUAAGGUCUAGAUGUCGGGCUCUUCGAGAGACAAAACAAACCUUCUUGUGACGGUUUGACGGUGACAUUAGAGAGAAACUUUAUAAAUGGUCUCUCUAGCAGUUGCAGAGGUUCGGAAAGUCGACAUCUGUAAUUUCCGGGGGCGGAGCCGAAUUUUGCGGAACCUGAGCUGUGGAAACCCUCUCAUACCAGCAUUACCCGUCUUUCUGACACUGCAUUCGCAUAUGAAUUUGUACGGCUAGCAGCACCAUGCGAUUACGACCGCAAUGUGGCUUGUAAAUGGCGUGCGAACUUUUGAAAUGCUUGUCCAACAAAAUUGCGGUGGGCUUAGAGUGUCAUGAAUAAACAGUAUACGGAAAGGAAUCAAACUCAACAACGGGCAGGCAACAGUGGGAAACUUGUGCGGAGCCGAUACUGUGGUCCAUGUUAUGUUCUUUGUAGGAUUGGACAGAUAGAAUUCAAUAUAUUGAAUAACCAUCUUUGAGUUGAAUUUUUGGACUCUUGAGUGAAGCUGUAAUUAUUCCCCUAGAAUAUAGCGAGCGUGGUAAGAAAUACUCAAAGUGCGCAAGCGCUUUCACCCAUUUCAUAGUUCAUAGACAACUUCUAAGUUUUUAAACCAGACCUACAGAUAUAUUCAUACAGAUUAGCAUGACAAAAAAAAUAACCAGAAAGGAAAAGCAGGAAGUUCCGAACGUAGAUAGAACAAAUCCAAAGCAAUAGUCUACAUGCGCCCGCCAACUGAAAAGUGGUACACAAUUCCCCGCCACUCUUCACAUCACCGCACUCCAAUCAAUCUAUGAUCAGGUUCCCCUUAAUAGCCAACGGAUUAACCAAACCCGCCAAUCUUCACCGCUCUCUUUCUCAUCACCACGUCCCUCAAGCCCUCGCCCGACCAGUAACCGGCAAACCCCUCCUCGUCAACUCCUCCUCAAUAAUCUUCCAGCGCCCAAUCUCCUUCUCCUUAUCGAUCGGCGUGUAUCUCCUAUCCAUGAUCUUGACGUUGGGCAGGCUGGUAAGACGUUUAUCCUUAAGGAGGUGCUCUGCCAGCUUCUUCGGCUUCGGCUUCGAGACUUCAGAGAGGAAGCUCAUAAGUCGUGAUGGUUUGGUGAUUUUGGCCACUUCUGGGUCUGGGAUGCGGUAGCCGGCUAAUUGGCUGGCGCGUUUGAGAUACUAUUUUUGUUUUGUUUUUGUGUCAGUUCUGCUAAUGUUGGGUGGGGAGAUGAGGAGGGGCGAAAAAGGAGGGGACGAGAAUAAAUCCCUGUGAUUGUCAUAUGUAUUAUUUACAACAGCCGGGAGAUGGACGAGCUUACAGCAAAUUUGAACUCGGGGUCUGAAAGAGGCAUGCCGAGGAACCCGAGAUUCGUAGGACGGUAGGGUCUUGGGUCAUUAGUAUCCAUUUCGUCUUGUCUGGCCUCCUCAGGCAGAGUCUCGUCCGCCUGGGUGGAUUCCGCAGCAAAGUCGACUUCUUCCGCUCCCGCUUCAGCGCUAUCUUCUACUGGUUCAUAAAGUUGUGAAAACCAUUCAUAUAUAGUUUUCUUCGCUUCCUCGCUAGGGAAAGUCAGGGAUGCAGUAGCGAAAUCGGUAGUUGGCGUCACCUCCGCCUGGUUAAUGAUAGAGAGGAUCUCAUCUUCGUAGCCCAUGAUAUUGCAGCCGUCUGUGAGAGGCUUGUUCAUGGUUUUCAAGAUGAGUAUUUCGACCAUGGUUUGGUGGAGGAUUUGGUAGAAUUUGGUGCGGGAGGUGACUUUCUCGAUGCUCAUAAAUCUGUAAGAGGCAGUUAGAAUACAACUGGAGGCAUGCUUUCCCAUUCGACCGAAGGGGAUCUUCAGAAGCAAGUGGAAAAUGC